AUGGAAAUUCCUGGGCUCCAUUGGGAUAGGUGCAUACGUACGGGGGGUCCCGAGGGGCCCCUGGUGUUCAACCUGAUUGUCGUGGCGAUGUGGGCCGAGGUCUUCAGAUCUUGGGACAUCAAAAGAUUGGGCUACCGUGUCGAGGGACUCUACGGGUCCAUCCGUAAGGAGAUCCUCAUCAGUCACUUCCUCUGGGCUGACAACGUCUAUCUCGUAGCCGGUUCGGCCGCUGACCUCAGGAGUAUGAUUCACGAUCUAACAUUACCACUCGCUUCUUUUGGCAUGACGUGGAAGGCGUCAUCACUGCUCUUUAUGACAUGUGGCCUGGCACCUCGUUGUAAUGCUGAUGGGAUUAUCUUACCUGAGGAGGAUCUCAUAGUUACCACAUCUGAGGUCCUGCGCUUCAGAAGAGUUUCCUCGAUGAAUGUGCUCGGUGUCGAGAUUCAUUCCGAGUUCAAUACCCCUGCACAUCCUGAUGUGGGCCAUCGUCUGUCCAUGGCACGCAAGAGUUUCUAUGGCAUGUCCAACUAUUUCAGGUGUUCUGCUGUGAGUAUUAGGGAUAAAUUCUGGAGGUAUCAGGAGAAGGUUCAGGGUAUUGCUAUGUACGGUAUCGAGGGCAUGACACUCGACAAUCAUUCCAUUCAGCGUAUGCACGCCUUCGAAGGGCUCUGUCUUUGCAAAAUGUUCAGGUGUCCCAGGGGAGCCGAGGAGGAUGUGGCCACGUGGAGUCGGAGGAGGUAUGCGGAAGCCAGGAGGAAGUUUCAGGAGAUGGGUUUCGCUUCCCUGGUUCAGAGGUUUCUUCGUGUUUCCUGGAAACUGGCAAAAGAUAUGUGCGAGUUUAUCCACGUGAUCCAGGCGGGCACAUGUGAUGAGUGGAGGAAUGCUGGUCGGACUUGGCGUGACGUACGUGCGUGCUUGUGUGCAUAUGGUGUUAUGUGGGACCGCAUCCGUACGGAUGCCUCGGAGUUCCUGCGCAUGAAUUUCUACCUUCGUGAAUCCAGUCAGAUGAAACGCCAGCGGGGAGGGGGGCUUGCCAUUGGACAGAGACAUUGGGCCCACAUGUUGUCAGAGUUCUUCGGGCCCAAGUGGUGGGGGGAUAUUCGUGCUACUCCAGGGGCCUUCGGGCAGUUCGCCGCACACGUCUGUUCUCGGGAAAUGCUUGACCGUUUCCAGAUCCGUGCCAAAACGCAUAGUCAUCCUAGGGCUACUGGGGAGGUCCAUAUCCAAACUCAGCAGGAACUUCAGGAGUAUGGAGUGGAGGAGGGAUCACAAACUGCCAAUGAUCGUCUAGCUAAACGACUUGCUGUACACACAUCCAAAUGGGAAAAUGCCGAGUGGAAUCUUGAGGCCUUCGGAGUCCCCAUAAGUAUCCAUGGAGAUAGCCUCUUGGUUGUAUCAUGGUGCCAAGGUUACUGGCAGGUUACCAACACAUCUCAUCAAAAGAGAGUCGACAGGAUCAUAAAUCGUCUGGAUGGUAUGUCUUUUUGGUUUCGUAUACGCCCGUUUUCUCCUGGAAGAGACCUUAUCGAACACUGCUUCAGGGAAUGGAAUACAAGGGCGGACGUGCUUACUCAUACUGCCCGAGAGGGCAUCGACAUAUUUCAGGAUUGUAUCGGGCAGCAGCCCAACGAGUAUCGAAUCUUCACAGGUAUUGUGCCAUCGAUUGUGGCUUCGAUGGUGGAGUGUCGAUGGCGGGUGUCGGAGUCGGUUGCUGGAUUGAUGUCGGUCGUGUCUCGCGGACGUGUCGUAAGCCGAGCUCCAGCGAUAUUGUGUGGACGGAGGUGUAUAGUGCUGCUUUCUCUAUCGACAACAAUGCUUCAGUUACUGAUGCCGAACUGUCGGCGAUUGAACAUAUCAUUGAUGUUCUUCCACGGGUUCUUCACACAUACUUUGAGUUUGAACUUUUGUGACUUGUGA